CACUUCCAACCAAAACCAAGGAGAGGCUGCAAAAUCUUUUCUGGUCUCCAACAGAAGGAAAGUGAGAAAAAAAGGAAAAGAAAAAACUUUCCCUUUUACCAAACAAGAAAAAAAAGUGAAAGAACUAAGAAGCAAAGUUUUUUAAAGUCGGGAUUUUUCGUUUCGAUUCCUCUCACUGUCUGAUCUCCAGCCUCUCACUCUCUCAGCUCCUAUUCUCUGAUCUGGGUCUGCAAAUUUAAACCAUAAAAUGAAGCGACUCUCUCUCUCUCUCUCUCUCUCUCUCUCUGAUCUACUGGCUCUGAAGCUCUCAGCUACUAUUCUCUGAUCCAGAUCUUCAAAACUCAAGCCACAAAGCGAAGUGGUGUUUGAGUUGAGUGGAGAGGGAAACCCAUCUGCCUGUUGUGGAGAUCUGGGAGUUGUUUCACAUCUUAUGCCCCAUGAAGACUUUCUUCCCCUCUGAGUCCUGCAAAGAAACGCAGCUAAAUGCUUUGAAUCCGCAGUCUUGGCUUCAAGUUGAAAGGGGGAAACUUUCAAAAAUUUCAUCACAACCCUCUUCUUCUUCUUCUUCAUCCAUAGAAUCUCUUAUCAAGGUUCCUGAGCCACCGAUACUACCAUUCUUUAAACCUGUUGACUAUGUAGAAGUUUUAGCUCAAAUUCAUGAAGAACUUGAGUCGUGUUCUCCGCAAGAGAGGUCGAACCUCUAUUUGUUACAAUAUCAAGUGUUUAGGGGCCUUGGGGAGAUCAAAUUGAUGCGGAGAAGCCUCCGUGCAGCUUGGCAGAAGGCUAGCAGCGCUCAUGAGAAGCUAGUGUUUGGAGCUUGGUUGAAGUAUGAGAAGCAAGGGGAAGAUCUCAUAGCUGACUUACUGGGCACUUGUGGUAAAUGUGCACAAGAGUUUGGGCCUAUAGAUGUAGCAUCUCAGCUUCCUCUUGAUAUAAAUGUCGAUUCCCAUGAGCGUCUUUUCAUUAAUGGGAACCAAAUUUCAAGACACGUUAGUUUUAGAAUUGGAGAUGAGAAAAUAGUUUGUGAUAGGAAGAAAAUUUCUUGCCUUUCAGCUCCAUUUAAUGCCAUGCUAAACGGUUGUUUCACAGAAUCGCUCUGUGAGGAAAUUGAUUUAUCCGAAAACAAUAUCUCGCCAUCAGGUAUGAGGGCAGUGAAUGAGUUCAGUAUAUCGAGCAGUUUAAAUGAAGUCCCUACAAAUCUUCUGCUGGAAAUAUUAGUGUUUGCGAAUAAGUUUUGCUGUGAAAGGCUCAAAGAUGCUUGUGAUAGGAAACUCGCGUCUCAGGUUUCCACUAGAGAAGAUGCGGUGGAACUCAUGGAAUAUGCUCUUGAAGAGAACACUCCAAUUUUAGCUGCUUCAUGUUUGCAAGUUUUUUUACGUGAUCUUCCUGAUUGUUUGAAUGACGAUCGAGUGGUGGAAAUAUUUCUCCAAGCUAAUAGACAGCAAAGAUCAAUCAUGGUUGGGUCAGCCUCAUUUUCCUUGUAUAGUUUAUUAAGUGAAGUCGCAAUGCACCUUGAUCCCCGGUCUGAUAAAGCAGCUUGUUUCCUGGAACAAUUAAUUGAAUAUGCUGAAACAGACCGGCAAAGACUGAUUGCACUUCAUCAAUUGGGAUGUGUGAGGUUCUGGAGGAAAGAGUAUGAAGAAGCCAAACAUCUUUUUGAGGCAGCUUUGAAUGCUGGCCAUGUUUAUUCUGUUGCAGCUUUAGCUAGAAUUGGUUACUCCAAGGGUCAUAAACUUUGGGCAUAUGAGAAGCUUAGCUCUGUAAUUUCCACUGUUGCCCCACUUGGAUGGAUGCACCAAGAGAGGUCAUUAUACUGUGAAGGAGAGAAGUGUUGGGAGGACCUUGAGAAAGCAACCGAGUUGGACCCAACUCUUACUUACCCCUACAUGUAUCGAGCUGCUUCGUUAAUGAGGAGUCAGAAUACUCAAGAUGCACUUGCAGAGAUCAAUCGUAUUCUUCGGUUUAAACUUGCACUAGAAUGCUUGGAACUUCGGUUUUGUUUCUAUCUAGCCCUUGAGAUUUACCAGUCAGCCCUUUGUGAUGUUCAGGCAAUUCUGACCCUGUCCCCUGAUUAUAGGAUGUUUGAGGGACGGGUGGCAGCAUCCCAGCUCCGUACACUUGUGCGUGAGCAUGUAGAUAAUUGGACAGCCGCAGAUUGCUGGCUGCAAUUGUAUGAUCGUUGGUCUUCAGUUGAUGAUAUAGGGUCUCUAUCUGUUAUUUACCAGAUGCUUGAAUCUGAUGCAGCAAAAGGGGUUCUAUACUUCAGACAGUCUUUGCUUCUCCUGAGAUUGAACUGUCCUGAGGCAGCAAUGCGAAGUCUACAAUUGGCUCGCCAACAUGCUUCCAGUGAACAUGAACGAUUGGUUUAUGAAGGAUGGAUCCUAUAUGAUACAGGCCACUGUGAGGAAGGGCUUCAGAAAGCAGAGGAGUCUAUCAAAAUCAAGAGAUCUUUUGAAGCUUUCUUCCUGAAAGCCUAUGCAUUGGCCGACUCUAGCCAAGAUCCAUCUUGUUCUUCAACUGUUGUUUCGCUCCUUGAAGAUGCCUUGAAGUGUCCCUCAGACAGGCUGCGCAAAGGUCAGGCAUUGAACAAUCUUGGAAGUGUUUAUGUUGACUGUGGGAAGUUAGACUUGGCAGCUGAUUGCUACAUUAAUGCCCUUAAAAUCCGACACACCCGGGCUCACCAGGGCCUUGCUCGGGUUCAUUUUCUCAGAAAUGAUAAGACUGCUGCAUACGACGAAAUGACCAAACUGAUUGACAAGGCUCGGAACAAUGCAUCUGCCUAUGAGAAGAGGUCUGAGUAUUGCGAUCGUGAACUAACGAAGGCAGAUCUGGAGAUGGUUACCCGAUUAGAUCCUCUCCGGGUAUACCCUUACAGAUAUCGAGCUGCAGUAUUGAUGGACAGCCUCAAGGAAAAAGAAGCCAUUGCUGAAUUAUCGAGGGCAAUCGCAUUCAAAGCAGACCUUCACCUUCUUCACCUGCGGGCAGCAUUCCAUGACCAUGUCGGAGAUGUCUUGGGUGCACUCCGAGACUGUCGAGCUGCCCUUUCUGUAGAACCAAACCAUCAAGAAAUGUUGGAGCUUCACAGCCGUAUAAACAGCCAUGAACCCUUGAUUUAGAAAAAAGGAAAAUUGCGAGUUGGAAAAAAUAGUUACAAUUAUAUCCCCACCAUGUAUACUAGUGAGGUGCAUUCAACGUCUGUCAUAUUUCUUUUUCUUCUUUCCUCAAAUUUUGUAAUUUAUCUUUUUAACAUUUUUGGCAAUAUAUUCUUAUUUCCAAUUUAA